GGGCUCAAAUUACUGCCGGGUUCCGUGCCACACGAAUUUUCUUCAAGAAGAAUGGCCGAGAAGUUCAGGAGCAAGAUCGGCAACAGCUACGCCAAGAAGGACAUUGAAGAUUGGCAACCCAGGCUCAAGGCGGAGCUGGGCGAUCUGAAACGCGUUUCGGCCAACCGCCAGUGCUUUGACUGCGGUGCCGCCGAUGUGACCUGGGCGUCGCCGAAGCUGGGGACCUUCCUAUGCGUCACUUGCUCGGACAUUCACCGUGCGGCUGGUGCGCACAUCACUUGCGUGAAGAAUUUCAGCACCUACCUGUGGUCACCCGAUGAAGUGGAAAUGAUGCGCGCCGUUGGAAAUCGACGUGCGAAGGAGCUUUAUCGGCGAGGUGCCUCAUUGUCUUGGCAGCCGCAGGACUCAAAGGAGCGCAAGGUGAAGCUGUGCACUGAGCUCUACGGAUCCGAGGCAGUCCAGCGCGCCGUCCAGCAGAACAUCGCCGCGGCGACCGCCAGCGGAUCCAGCGGAUCCAGCGGCGCAGCGGCGGCGGCGUCAGCAGCUGCGGGCUACGUGGCGGGUGCGGAUGCGGCGCCGGUACGGAAAACUCAGGAGGGCCCCAACUGGUUGGAUGACUGGACGGUGCCAACGGUACCGUUGCCGGUGCCCACGGUGCCCGUCACCGGCGAUCUCUUGGACUGGUCGACUCGGUCGACACCGAAGCCAUCGCCAGUUGUGCAGCAUGGCGAUCGGCAACCUAUGGUGGCGCCAGCGAGUAAACCAGUGGAUGACCUGCUAGACAUCUUCGGCGAUGCCCCGCUAGCGCCGGGUCCAGUGCCCAGCUGCGGCAUGCAGGCGGAGCGUGAAAAGGACUUCUGGGACUCCGCUGCAAUCUGUACAGGAACUUCAGCCGACCUUCGCCGGAAAAGGAUGAAAAAGGGGGGCGGAUCCGUGAUGGGCGCUGUGUUUUUGGGUUUCCAGACUCAUAUGGAACUCGAAAGAAGCCAGUUGAGCAGGCUGAAUGACAGUCCAUGUGGUCAACGGCUGAUCGCUUGGGGCGCGGGUGAUGCGCGUGGCCUGAUGCUGCUGUACUACAACAAGAGCUUCUUUUGGCUGUUGGUGGAGCGGCGUGGGAGCGUUUUCUACCGACCCUUGGCGGGAAGAUGCGGGGAGGGCGCGAACGGCAGGGAUGUGAUUCGCUGCUUGGGGGCAUCCUGGUGGCAGGCCUUGGGGUACUGGUCCAAUGGUGGCACCUCGGACGGAAGCGAUUUUUUGAGGCGACGCUUCCAAGCCUUGGGUGCCGGCGUGACCUUUUCCAUCGUCUUUCGCACCCAAUUGGCCUGGAACCGCUACUGGGAGGCGGUGACCCAGUUGCACUUUAUGUACAGCAAAUGGGCCGACGCCUUCAGUCAGUUCCAAGCCUUCGCAGAAGUGACCCGCAAAGCCGCCAUGGAUAAGGGCGAUCAGAAACAAAAGCGCCUCAAGGUGAACUAA